AUGCCUCCGCGGGAACUUCAAAUCCAAUCUUCGACGUGUGGCUCGUUGUUACUCGCCAAGAUCAUGGUGUAUCCUUUUUUAGUAUGUUGCGACCCCUCCGAGAGGCUUGCUGGAGAAGCUUGUUCAAACAAAGCACUAAGAUUAAAAAAAGAAAAGAAAACAACUGAUGUAAGAGACUUGUUAUUCGAAAGAGAGGAGAGGAACGAAGAGACAAGGGAAGAAACGAAAAAGCUUUGUUGUUGGACUUCGUCAGAGUUGGUCCGCGUGGACGAUGGAACCGUGGACUCUCACUGUAGUGAGAGCGCCCAAAGCUCCUCCAAUGGCGAAAGUGGGACUCCGAAGAAGAUAGUGGCUUCUGUUGCUGCUGCUGCUGUUGCAGGGGGGGUUCUUGUGGGGUCAUCAUCAUCUGGCUUAGAAGAACAAAAGGGUAACAAGAAACUGAUGGUAGCACCAGGAUCAGGAGGGGCCUCUCAUAUCCCUAGGAAAGAUUUUGAGAAUGACCCAGCUAGUUAUUUCCGCAACCAUCAUCUUAAGAGUGGAAGAUAAACAACUUGGUCUUAUGGGUUUCGACAGGGAUUGGGUUUCUUUUGUUGUUCUCUUCUUUUUGAAGCUAGCUGUGGUUCGAUCCUGUUGGUCUAAUAGCAAGAAUAUGUAUAUAUAGUUUUGGUUUUGGCAUUUUGGCCAAGCAUCUUUUAUUUUUAAAUAUUGUGUCUUCUCUUAUGUUGUAAUGCAAAAUCAAUCCCUCUGCUAAAUUAUGUGAAAA